UUCGAUGGAUCGUGUUGGUGGAUUGACCGGCUGAUAUUCAUUCAUUUUUUUUGGAUUCUUGAUUUUAUUUCAACAAAAAAAACUUAUCAUUUAAUCAUGGCCGAAUCAAUUUGUUAUACGUUAAUAAAUGUUGAAACUGAUGAUACUACGAAUGAAGUUUCGAUACGAAAUGAUAUCGAAAAAGGUGAUACGAAAUCUAAAAUUACAGCAUUGAAAAAAUUAAUCUACAUCAUUUUGAAUGGUGAAAAAUUUCCACCAAACAUGUUAAUGUUUGUCAUUCGUUAUCUUUUGCCAUCGAAUGAUCAUCAAAUUAAAAAAUUAUUAUUAAUUUUUUGGGAAAUUGUACCGAAACGUGGUCCGGAUGGUAAACUAUUGCAUGAAAUGAUUUUAGUUUGUGAUGCUUAUCGUAAAGAUUUACAACAUCCUAAUGAAUAUCUUCGUGGUUCAACAUUGCGAUUUUUAUGUAAACUUAAAGAACCGGAACUUUUAGAACCAUUAUUGCCAACCAUUCGACAAUGUUUAGAACAUCGUCAUUCAUAUGUUCGCCGUAAUGCAGUAUUAGCUAUAUUUAAGAUCUAUAUGAAUUUUGAAUUUCUUAUACCGGAUGCACCGGAAUUGGUUUUGGAUUUUUUGGGACGAGAAUCUGAUGCUAGCUGUAAACGUAAUGCAUUUCUAAUGUUGAUUCAUUUGGAUCAGAAAAAAGCUUUGGAUUAUUUGAAUUCAUGUUUAGAACAGAUUGGAAGUUUUAAUGAAAUUCUUCAAUUGGUUAUUGUCGAAUUGAUAUACAAAGUUUGUAUAUCUAAUCCAGGUGAACGUUCAAAAUUUAUUCGUGCAAUUUAUAAUCUAUUAAGUAUGUCUACAUCGGCAUCUGUUCGAUAUGAAGCUGCUGCAACAUUGGUCACUUUAUCGCAAGCACCAACAGCAUUGAAAGCUGCCGCAAAUUGUUUCAUUGAUAUUUGUAUCAAAGAAAGUGACAACAAUGUUAAACUAAUUGUGCUGGAUCGUUUGAUUUCAUUGAAAGAUUCAGCUUCUGGUGCUGAACGUAUUCUACAGGAUUCAUUGAUGGAUAUUCUACGUAUAUUGAAUGUAGCAACCGAUUUAGAAGUUAAACAAAAAGUUUUGAAUCUUUCAUUGGAUUUAGUUAAUCUACGUAAUGUUGAAGAAUUGGUUCAAUUAUUGAAAAAAGAAAUCCUAAAAACCCAGAAUGAAUCACAUGGAACACAAGAAGAGAAUAGUAAAUAUUGUCAAAUGUUGGUUAAAACUAUUCAUGUUAUUUGUAUGAAAUAUCCCGAUGUAAUCAAUUCAAGUAAUGUUCUGACAACAUUGUUUGAAUUGUUGGCCACUAAAAAUGAUGAAGCAACCGCCAUAUUAGUUAUUGUUUUCUGUAGGCAAUUCAUUUCGAAAAAUGCUCAGCUUAAAAAUUUUAUCCUAAAUAAAUUGAUGGAAGUAUUUGCAUCGAUCAACAAUGUCAAGGUACAUCGUGGUUUGAUUUGGCUUUUGGGCGAAUUUUGUGAUGAAAAUGCUGUUCAAUUACAAGAAGUACUUGAACUUAUUAAAACAUCUAUGGGAGAAUUGCCUAUCGUUGAAAGUGAAUUACGUAAACUUGAUGAUGGAAAUGAAGAUAAUUCAACCUAUGUAAAUCAUGAUGCUUCAAAAACUUUGGCCACUUCAUCGGCACCAAAAUUGGUCACAGCCGAUGGAUCAUAUGCAACACAAUCGGCAUUAAGUGUAACAACAAAAACAACAACUAAUGAACAAUCACAACCACCAUUACGUCGAUAUAUGUUGGUGAAUAAUGAAUUUUUUAUUGGAACAACAAUUGCCAAUUGUUUGGUUAAAUUAUCGCUUCGAUAUAAACAGAUGCCUGGUGUUGAUCAACGAUCAAUUAAUGUUUAUCUAGCUGAAUCAAUGUUAUUAUUGACAUCAAUAUUACAUUUGGGUAAAUCUAAAUUGGUUACACAGAUGAUCAAUGAAGAUGAUUAUGAACGUAUAUCAUUAUCAUUAUAUGUAUUGAUCAAUAUUAAUAAUAUGGAUACGAAUGAAAUUGAAACAUUAAUGAAUCAGAUUUAUUUACACGAUACACGUCAAUCAUUGAUGAGCAUGUUGGAUAAUUCAAAAGAAUGUGAAAUUAAAUAUGAUUCUGUAUUGAAUAAAACGAAAAAAGCUGUUGAAAUUGAUGAUCAUCUAAUAUUUUCACAGCUUAUUAAUAAAGCUACUGAACAAAUGGAAAAUCUAUUGGAUGUAAGUUUGAAUCAGGCAAUAGCCGGACCAACAGCAACAUCAACUGCAUCGGGUAGAUCAUCAUCCACUGGACUAUUAUCGGCAAGUCAAUUAUCCAAAGUAACACAAUUAACUGGUCUUGGUGAUCCUGUUUAUGCUGAAUGUUAUGUUAAUGUUAAUCAAUAUGAUAUUUCAUUGGAUGUAUUGAUUGUCAAUCAAACAUCGGAUACAUUACAGAAUUGUACAUUAGAAUUAUCUACUAUUGGUGAUUUAAAAUUGGUUGAAAAACCACAGCCAAUUGUAUUGGCACCGCAUGAUUUUACCAAUGUUCGUGCAUCGAUUAAAGUAACAUCGACCGAAAAUGUUGUUAUUUUUGGCAAUAUUGUAUACGAUAUUUCGGGAUCAACAUCGGAUCGUAAUGUUGUCGUAUUGAAUGAUAUUUAUAUCGAUAUUAUGGACUAUAUAAUACCAGCUACAUGUAGUGAUGCACAAUUCCGUCAAAUGUGGACUGAAUUUGAAUGGGAAAAUAAAGUAACUGUCAAUACUGGAAUCAAUGAUCUAAUUGAAUAUCUAAAUCAUUUGAUCAAAUCGACUAAUAUGAAAUGUUUAACACCACAAAAAUCAUUAUCGGGUAAUUGUGGAUUUUUAGCUGCAAAUCUUUAUGCAAAAUCAAUAUUUGGUGAAGAUGCAUUAGCUAAUGUUAGUAUUGAAAAAACAUCAUUAGAUGCACCGGUUACCGGUCAUAUACGUAUACGUGCAAAAUCACAAGGAAUGGCAUUAAGUUUGGGUGAUAAAAUUAAUACAUCACAAAAAAUGGCUAAAGCUGCUUAGAAUAAAUAAAUAGCGAAUGUAACAACAACAACAAGAACAACAAUAAAAAACAUUUAAAACAGAUUCGAUUCCAGAAUAUUUAAUGAAAAUGAAUGUAUUCUACAA